AUGAGCGAGAAUAACAAUGAACAAAUGGAUCUUGGAAUUGAGACAGCUAGCAAUAAUGAUAUAACAGAUACUGCUAUUGCUGCUGUACCUAUAACUAGUUCAAAUAUGGAAGUAACAACAACAACUGAAAAUUCAACAUCAAAAUUAAAAAUAAUAAUAAAUACAUCAAGAAAAAAAAAGAAUAUAGCAAUUGAUGGUUCUUCAACUGUCAAACAGUUAAAAGAUAUGGUCGCUAAAGAAUUUAAUCUACCAAUUAAUCAAAUUUGUCUUACUUAUUCGAGUAAAAUUCUUAACGAUGAUGAUGAUAAUAUUAACAAAUAUGAUAUAAAAGAUGGUGUUACUAUUAAUUUGGUUAAACAAAUACUUAAAACAAAUACAACAACAUCAAGUGCAUCAGCUAGUUCAACAAUUCCAAAAGGAACUAAUGAUACAUUAGUAUAUGAUGAUCAAACAAAUACAACACAAUUAAACAUUAUGAAUAAUCAAGUACAACAUCAUCAAUUAAUAGAAAAUUCUAUAGUACAAAAUGUAACAAGCAAUUCAGAUUUAUUAUAUUCAUUAUUACUUAGCAAUCCACAAAUGUGUAAUUUAAUGAAACGUAAUCUGGAAACAUCAUAUUUACCUAAUAAUCUUGAUUUACUUCGACAAACAAUGGAAUCUGCUCGUAAUCUAACAAUAUUACAAGAACUUAUGCGUACUUAUGAUCGAAUUUUAAGAAAUAGUGAAAGUACACCAGAUGAAUCUAAUGAUUUACAACGUAUUAAUGAUAAUGAUGUACAAAAACCAAUAUAUUCAGCACCACAAAAACCAUUUGAUAUUAAUCUAUUUUCACAAUUAUUUACUGGAAAUGAAGAAAAUACAACCAUAUCAUGUACGGAAAAUACUAAUCCAUUAACGAAUUCUUCGACAUCUGGUGGUACUAGUACAACAGCAGUUACUACUGCAUCAACUCGUCAACAAGAAUCAACUGAUACAUCCAAAAAUCAACAACAAGAACAAAUCUCUCAAAUGAUAAAAAAUUAUAUAUCUCAAUUAGAUCAAUAUGUUUAUUUAAUUCAAGAUGUUGUUAAUAAACCAUUUAUGCAAUCAUUAAUGAAUUCAAUUGCAACUAAUCCUGAUAUACCAAGACAAAUGGUUGCUAAUAAUCCCAAAUUAUAUGAACAAAUAAUUGAUACUCUAUCAGCUACGAUGAAGGAACAAAUGAGAAAUCUUGACGUUCAAGCAUUAAUGAAAAAUGAUCAAGUACAUGAAGCUAUUAUACAAAUUCAAAAAGAUCUUAAACGUUUACAUGCAAUAGUACCCAAUCUUUUUGGAGCUGGUGGUUUACUUACAGAUCUUAAACGUUUACAUGCAAUAGUACCCAAUCUUUUUGGAACUGGUGGUUUACUUACAGGUAUUUACAAGUAUUAUAACAUUUCAUUAAUUUUUAAGAACAGAAAAUUAAGAAUACGUUUUCUAACUAAUCAUUCUACUAAAAUAUCUACUCUUAAACGAUUAAUUCAACAAAAAAUAACUGUCGCUAUUAUUCAUCUGAAGGCAGAAGCAUCACCUCAAAUAUUAGAUUCUUGUCGCACUAAUGAAUAUGCGACAACAACACGAAAACUGAACGAGGAAAUAUUAAUAGCCAUUAAUCCGUUAGUUUUUGACAAGAAAACGACAGGUGAUGGAAGUGAUAUAACACCGGAAGCUUCAACAUUAUUUUUAAGCAUGCUUUUAUUACAUGAACUUACACACGCUGCUAAACUUAUAUCUCCACAAAAAAAUGAUACACCAAAAUUAGCAUUUUUUAGUACAUAUUCAACGCCACACUGUUAUGAUGGUGGAAAUGUUUUGGAAAGAGAACUGUUAUCUGGUGAACUUCAUAUUAAUAAAGAUUCUAAUUAUUCAGAUGUCAAAUUAUUUAUAGUCGGACAAAAUAAUAUACAUACUAAAUUAUCACAAUCAAAUAUUAUUGAUUGUUUGAAUAAGAACAACUUUAAAUCGUUAUUAGAAGUAGUAGCUGAACCAUCAGAACCUUCAAUUAAACGUAUAUGUACAACUGAAAAUACAAAAACAAGAACAAAUUAUCUUGAAACAGUUGAUGAUGAAAAUGAAGAAAACGAAGAAAAAUUCAUACCAUUACUUCAAUAUCAUGCACGAAAUACUUAUGAACAAACAUAUCAAAUUUAUCCGAAUGAACAUUUUCAAUGUUUAUUAAAUUAUCAUUGUGAAAAAGAUACUUUAACAGACCAAUCACCAGAUGAUCCAGUAUUAUAA